UUCUGCAACAGCUUUGACGGCGUGCCUACCAGCCGAGCCGUUGACAGACUAAUGCGGACGCUCUGGUUGCUUACAACUGCACAUUUGUGGCGAAAUGGAGAGCGGUGAACGGAACAAAAUUCGUGGAAUUCAAUUUUAGCUUGUACGAACUUUAAUUUUUGACCGAGGCGACGUCACUGGGCGGACGCAUAGCGCGUACCACCACCCUCGCGCCAGCCGCUGAAAGCUGAGGGACAUAAAUAAAUAUUCAGCGCCGUCAGCUAACAGUUAGCAGACAGAAACACGACCCAGAGGACUGCGUUACUGUUUACCUCCUCCCAGCCUGUCGCGCAGUCAGCAAGGAGACCCCCGAAGACUAAGCGGAGAAUGCAGUCAUCAGAGCAGGACAUGCAGGCUUGACUCUGGUUCCAGACAACCAUGGAGUCCUCUUCUGAGUCCCAGCUGGAGCCUGAGACAACAUUGCACCCUGCAGAGCUGAAAGAGCAUCAUGCCGCCUCUGCUGCUAUAACGUACAGCGAUGACACCAUCCUUCUGACCCCAAGCAGGAUGAGCCAACGGCAGGUGAAAGAACGGGACAAGGAGAAGGAGAAGGAAAAGGAGAAGGAGAAGGAGGCGGGCCUCCAAACACCCAACAGGGAGCACAUUACCACCCCCUCUAACCUCAGCCCAGGGGUCAGCUACAGCCAGGGUUUUGAGAAAGUGAAGGAGGACCUCCUGCCUCUGCCUUUGAAAGAGGACUCUAAUUCCAUAUCAAAGAGCAAGUCUGAAACCAAGCUGUACAAUGGCUCAGAUAAGGAUGUGCCAGCGCCUGGUGGAAAGCUCACCAAGAAGGAGUCCCUCAAGGUGCAGAAGAAGAACUACAGAGAAGAAAAGAAGAGGGCAACCAAGGAGCUGCUCAGCACCAUCACAGAUCCCUCUGUCAUCGUCAUGGCUGACUGGCUCAAGAUCCGAGGCACGCUGAAGAGCUGGACCAAGCUGUGGUGUGUGCUGAAACCAGGCGUCCUCCUCAUAUAUAAGACUAACAAAAACGGCCAGUGGGUGGGAACGGUACUACUGAAUGCCUGUGAACUCAUCGAGAGGCCUUCCAAGAAAGAUGGGUUCUGCUUCAAGCUCUUUCACCCACUGGAGCAGUCCAUCUGGGCUGUUAAGGGUCCUAAAGGAGAAGCAGUGGGCUCUAUCACGCAACCGUUACCCAGCAGCCACCUCAUCUUUCGAGCCGCAUCAGAGUCUGAUGGUAAGAGGCGGGCUGUCAAUUACAGCUCUGUCUCUGAUUCUGGCCGAUGCUGGAUGGACGCGUUGGAGCUGGCCCUGAAGUGUUCCAGUCUGUUAAAGAGGACCAUGAUCCGGGAGGGGAAGGAGGACAUGAGCACAGUAUCUACGGGUGGAGAGCACUCCAUUAAUUUCUACAGCCUCCUCAGAGCACACAACAUCCAUGGUUUCCAGUUCAAUGACAGUGACCAUCUGAAAGACCCGGACCUCUACUCAGAUAAAUCUGACAGGGAGGGAGAGCAGGACCAUGAGGAGUCAGACCCUGAGGGCCUGGAAAAGAGUGAAGAGAGCGACAGCGACACAUCAGAGCGUCAGGAUGACUCAUACAUCGACCUGGACCCCAACGAGCAUCUGCGGGAAACCCCAUACAUGGAGGAGUCACACGAAGAGCUGGGGGAGGCUGGUGAAGCUGCUCAGACAGAGACUGUAUCCGAGGAGAAUAAAUCUCUAAUCUGGACUCUGCUGAAGCAAGUGCGACCAGGCAUGGAUCUGUCCAAGGUUGUACUGCCCACUUUCAUUCUGGAGCCCAGAUCCUUCCUGGACAAGCUGUCUGACUACUACUAUCACGCAGACUUCCUGUCAGAAGCUGCAGUUGAAGAAAAUGCCUAUAACCGGAUGAAGAAGGUGGUGAAAUGGUACAUUUCUGGAUUUUACAAAAAGCCAAAGGGGUUGAAGAAGCCUUACAACCCCAUCAUUGGAGAGACGUAUCGGUGCAUGUGGCUCCAUCAGAAGACCAACAGCAAGACAUUUUAUAUUGCAGAACAGGUCUCUCAUCACCCACCAGUGUCGGCCUUCUAUGUCAGCAACAGGAAAGACGGGUUCUGCCUCAGUGGCAGCAUCCUGGCCAAGUCCAAGUUCUACGGAAACUCCUUGUCCGCCAUAUUAGACGGAGAAGCUCGUCUUACAUUCCUCAACCGAGGGGAGGACUACGUAAUGAACAUGCCGUACGCUCACUGUAAAGGCAUACUGUAUGGAACCAUGACCCUGGAGCUGGGGGGUCAGAUUACCAUUGCGUGUGAGAAAACAGGCUACAGCUCUCAGCUCGAGUUCAAACUCAAGCGACAGCCGUUCCUGGGCAGCAGCGACUGUGUCAAUCAGAUCUCUGGAAAGAUCAAGCUGGGAAAGGAGGUGUUGGCUACUCUAGAGGGACACUGGGAUAGCGAGAUCUUCAUCAACGACAAGAAGACUGGGACGGUGGAUACUUUCUGGGACCCCACGCCAGAGCUGAGGGGGAACAGGCUGACACGAUACACCGUCCCACCAGAAGAGCAGGGGGAGUAUGAGUCAGAAAGACUGUGGCAGCAUGUGACUCGUGCCAUUAACAGCAAGGAUCAGACCGAGGCCACCAACGAGAAAUUCAUCCUGGAGGAAGCCCAGAGGAAGGCAGCCCGUGAGCGCAAGGUCAAAUGCGAGGAGUGGGUCCCCGCCUUGUUCGAGCAGGACCCCGUCACCGGAGAAUGGCAUUACAGAUAUGCAGACACAAGGCCAUGGGAUCCUCUCAACGACCUGAUUCAGUUCGAGAAAGAUGGCUGUAUCCAGACCAAGGUCCGACACCGCACCCCUAUGGUACGUUCUGGCAGUCUUAUUAGUCUGAGUAACCAGGGGCCGCGGAGGGACAAUUGCAAGUGCCAGGUAACGGUGCCAAAGAGGAAACACAAGAGUGACAAGCCCAAGAGCCCAGAAAGCGGCUGCUCCUCACCGGAACCUGACCGGCAUGACUCAUCUGGCAGCGAACGACACAAAAGCAAGCAUAACAGUCGACUGAGAAAAAAGGGUGCAGACCUCAGUGAACUUCAAAGUGCCAUCGAAUCUAUAAAGCAGACGCAGGAGGACAUAAACAGGAGCAUCACCGUCCUGCGGAGUCGUACAGUAGGCCGGGCUGAUAGCAGCUCCUUCCUCCAGCAGCGGGACUACGUCAUCAUUGCUUUCCUCAUCGUCCUCCAGGUUCUGAUCAACUACAUUUUCAAGUAGCAGCCAAAAGGCCCCCCUCACACACACUUGAACUACGACGACUAAGCAUCAAGAUGGAGAUUUGUAGUCGAGCGGACCUCCAACUCCCCCGUUCUCUAUGCUCAAUAAACCCAUAUACUAGCGUCCUGAAAAGCCGAAGCCUCGACUCAAAAAGAGACCGUUUUUAACACAUAUUUAUUUGUCACCAUCACCGUACCGAAUCUCUAUGGAGAUGCGUAGAUUUCAAAGACGAAAGGAGCAGCGGUGAGAUGUCCCCGGAGGAGGGAAUUUCAUGUGAAAAAAAGUCUCGACUGCCUCUCGGGAAUUUAUAUUAAUUUGCCUUGAUAUUAAAGGCAAAGACAGCAGCCAUCUUUUUGCUGUUGUUUAUUUUAGUUCUAUUUUUUUAUUAUUUUAUUUUUUAAUGGAGUGAUGCUACUCCGAUGUUUCACAUUUCACCUGAAAUGACAGGGAACCUUUUUCUCAGCAACAAGGACCACCGCUCAGAUUGUAACACAUGCAAUCCCUUUCAUUUUAAUGCAUUUUUCUUUUUCUUUUCUCUGCUCUUAUCAUAUCCUGUGUUUAAUUGAAGUCUGCUCGAAACAUAAAACAGCAAAAACACGAUAAAAGGGAAAGAUAAACAGAGUGGUCCAAUCUGUGUGACUUUUAUUUUUGUAUUAUCAGAUCCUCUUAUAUUAACUCGUUUGAUUCCGCUUGUGGAAAUCGAAGACAAUGACAACAACACAAGUGACAAAAGGAAUAGAAGCUAUAGAACUCCACUUUUUGCAUUCAAAAUCAUUGUUUAGGAAAGAAAAUCCAAUGUUUGACACGUCAUAUGUGUAUAUUGUAAGUAGCGUGUACAAACCAGGGUGAACUUUGGAGACCAUUUUUGUCUUAUGGCACAAAUGCACUGGAAAUGGGGGACAUUGGCAUUGUUCAUGCACUCAUCCAUCAUAUCUUUUCAGCAUGGGAUCAAACAGAUGCUCUCAUUAAGGAAAAAAAAA